AUGUCUGUAUUUGUUCCGCCUACACUGAACGCUGAUCAGGAAGAGGGUCGACUAUUUCGUAUGCUUCGUCGUCCAACAAAACGAAAGUACAGCGCUGUACGCAUCGUCAGCACUGUUUCAACUGGUUUUAGUUCCUACAUUUUGCAGUUAGUCAUGGGACUUGUUUUUUCAAACCUUUUUCUUGACUUCGCUACAAAUCAUCGAAAUUUCGAUUUCUAUUGUCAUUACAUCAUUCUUUAUGAGUUAAGUAGUACUGUAGAAUUUAUAUCUUAG